AUGCGUCCCAAACCGGCGUCUUCCCUCCAGAAGACCUACGAUGACUGUUAUCUGAUGUGCUCGACUGCCGUCUACUUCGAAGGACAGAACAACGAAGAAGAAGCUUUAAAGUCUUGGCGCUCCGCCCUCGAAACCAUCUACUAUCAUAACGCCUAUCGGGUUCCCUCCAAGUACACCCCCAAGAACGAAACGGAGAAGGCUCUUCAGGAUUCCAUCCGCCAGUUAGAGCUCCAAUGUCGGGAGCGCGUCGAUCUACUCGAGGCCCUCCGUGAGAGCAGAAAGGAUACGUCUGGUAAAUCCCCUCCAUUCACCACUGGUUAUCGCGGUUGGAUUGGAGAGGGAACUGUCCCCGCAGUCGGGUAUACCGAUCUAUCUAAACCGCCUACUAUCCCCGGACGCCCCCCACCACCUGUCACCACUGCUAGCUCGGAGUCUGCUGGGAACGAGACGGGCUCAUCAGUCCCAAUGGCGGGUCGUCCCGGAUUGCGCAAGACGCAAUCCUCUUCGGCAAAGACUACGUCUUCUCGCAAUUCCAGCCCCGAACGUCGGAAAGCGAUGCCCUCUACACUACGCAACGCCGAUCUGAAGAAGCCCGCCAAAAAGAAAGUCAGCCCGCGACGAAAAGACCUGCGGCCGGCCGCAGCUUCUCAAGCCGCGGGUCUGGCCUGGGGAAGUCUUUAUCGGACUCCAUCAUCAGAAAAGACCGUCAGCGAUGCUGCCCUAGCGUCCUCCCGUCUGACCGCUGCAAAUGAUCCCAGUUUUCGAAAGGAGUCAAUACCACCCCGUUCGAAGUCCGGCGAUGGGGUACCCCCACGGAAAAGCGUGCCUCCAGAGGAUUCCGGAGAGGAGCGUCGCUCCGGGAGGAAACUUCGCGUCCCCGGUCAGACACCGCGAAGGUCACCGGCGAAGUCUACUCCUGCACCAACUUCAACACCUACAUCCACCCCUCAGGCUCCGGCUGGCAUCCGGCAGCCGUCGGGCAAUCGCACCCAUUCCGCUUCUGUGUCGACAGGCUCCAAGGAUACUGUUCAGCCACGUGCCUCCCCGAAGCCUUCUGUCAAACCAAAGCCCGUAGCGUUGAGGUCGUCUUACCAACCGCCUACACCCUCCGGAGGAUCUGCGGGUGCUGCAACUACCUCGAACAACCUGCAGGCUGGGUCUGCAAGCACGCCACGAAGAAUUACCCCUGCUUCCACUGGUGAAGAUGCGUUGAGCGACAAUAUAGAUCGCAUGUCGAUUUCCCGAACGAGUCCCGAACGACGGGCUACUCCGCGCAUCAGGCGCGCUGUCACCCCGCCGUCAUCUAGCGAUCCCGAAUCUCUUGGUCCCAAAUCAACCGAUGCCGACGAGGACGACGUGGACGUUGAGGACGAGGAUGACGCAAUUAUGGAUAUACUGAACAAGCUCCCGAAAGGGGUGGACGUGGCAACCGCCCGACAGAUCCUUAACGAUAUUGUAGUCCGCGGGGAUGAAGUACACUGGGACGACAUUGCCGGUCUAGAUGGGGCCAAAAAGGCCCUCAAAGAAGCCGUCGUCUAUCCGUUCCUCCGUCCAGAUCUGUUCUCUGGUUUGCGAGAACCAGCCCGGGGUAUGCUCCUCUUUGGACCUCCAGGGACGGGUAAGACGAUGCUUGCGCGCGCGGUAGCUACGGAAUCCAAAUCGACGUUCUUCUCGGUUUCCGCAUCCACAUUGACCUCGAAAUGGCACGGUGAGAGCGAAAAGCUUGUCCGCGCCCUGUUCGGUCUGGCUAAGGCGCUGGCACCGUCGAUCAUCUUUGUGGACGAAAUCGACUCACUAUUGUCCGCUCGCUCGUCCGGCACAGAGAACGAGGCUUCACGACGCUCAAAGACCGAGUUCCUGAUUCAGUGGUCAGAUUUGCAGCGCGCCGCGGCAGGUCGUGAAUCGCCUAGGGACAAGAAAGCCGGCGGAGACCCCAGCCGGGUCCUCGUCCUCGCCGCUACAAAUAUGCCCUGGGACAUCGAUGAGGCCGCGCGCCGUCGCUUCGUCCGCCGACAAUAUAUCCCUCUUCCAGAACAUCACGUCCGCGAAAAACAACUCCGGACAUUACUAAGUCACCAGGUGCAUGACUUGACAGAUCAAGAUAUCGACGCUUUAGUCCAACUUACAGACGACUUCGAAGCCAGUCUCUCCUCAAUCCGACCCAGCGUCAGCCAGGAAGGACUAAAGGAGUAUGAAGAUUGGGCCCGACAAUUCGGCGAGAGAGGUGGAUAG